AUGAGGCAAAACCUUUUUGACACCAAAGCAAGCAAAGUGAAGCGGAAGAGGAAUAUCCUACGAGUAAAAAGCUGCAAGAAGAAUCUCCCCACCAAAAGGGAACCAAGCGAAAGGUACAAGAACAUUCUGAAUUAUUACAAAGAUGAAAAAAAAACGAACAAAUUUAUUGAUAAGAGAAAAAGUAAGGAGGGACAUAGAAACAGCACGAGGUUUAAGAAAGGGAACAUUUUUAACCUGAACAAUGACUCCUUUUUAAAAGAUAAGCAUAUCAGUGCCAAUGAUGUAUACGGGGAGGGGGAUCAUUCGGAUUAUAGUUCCUUGGACAGUGAGGAGCAAUGGUCAGGGGGGGGCUCUCGAAAAUGCAAGAGAAAGAGUGACACUAUGGUGAAUAACUUUGUUCAGGAAAAAAUCGAAAAAAAAAAAUUAUGGAAAAUUAAAAAGUACGAAAUUAAGGAAAAGUUACGCGAAAUUGAUAAACAUUUUGAAGUGAUUAAAAAGUGCGUCCUUUCUUUCCCUGGAACAACGGGGGGCGUGAAACAAAAUGAAGACAUCGCAAGGGGGGGGGCCCAGACGUUGACAAAGGCGCCAAGUUGUAACGGGGAAAUGAAGAAGCUGGAAUUGGGUGUGGCCGAAGAAGAGGAACAACAACGGGACCAAUUGGUGAACGAAAAUGAGCGCAUGAAGAAAGGAACUCGGAGGGGCGAAAAGGGAGUAGACAGGAACGGGAGGGUCCAAAUGAAGAUGGAGGUAGGAGGCAAGUCCGAGGAGGAAGUAAAACAUGAGGUGGAAGAAGCUGACGGGUGGGAAGUAGAACAUGAGGCGGAAGAAGCUGACGGGUGGGAAGUAGAACAUGAGGCGGAAGAAGCUGACGGGUGGGAAGAAGAAGAGGACAGCCAGGAUGAGCAGCACGGACGUGGAAAUGCCCCCAAGGGCUCAACACACCAGGGAGCAAACGGAUCCGUUCAACUCAAAGAGGAUGCGUCGAAGUCGCAGCUGCUUGGUGAUGAAACGAAUGAGAGUGCCGAAGAAGUGAAAGAAUCAAAGUUGCGCUUUUCCAAAAAAAAAAAGAAAACGGAAGAGCCGGAUAAUCAGAAGGAAUAUUCAGUGUGGUACCUGUCAGACGAUAGCGACAAUGAAAGCAUUGACAAACUGUUUAGUAAAAAAAAAAGACUUCCUUUUAAAGACGAAACGGUGGUGAGCAUAUCGAAAGAGAGAGUGAACAAAAUCCUGGGGAAGUUCCUACUGGAUGGUAACAAAGAAUUGUGUAGCCAUUUUGCCAACGAGUCAGGUGAUGAAAAAGGAGAAAACUUACCAACUUAUAUUUGUAUAGAAAAAAAACAAUACCAGUUGGAGCAUGUUAUCGCACUUUUGGAUCGUCAUAAUUUUAGUUCCCAGAAAAAAAUCCUAUACAGAGUGUACCAUUUAAAUAUGUUUAAUAAAAAAAAGGAGAAGAGCAUUCCCCAUUCUUCUUUUUUUUUCUCGCUAAUGGAUUAUUGUAUCUUAAAAAUUUACCGAUGUUUGAAAUGUGAUUUAAGCCUACACAACUUCAUUGAGAAUUACAAGGACAUAAUUGUGGACUUUUCUCAUCCCAUGAAAACGGAGUUGUAUCUGUACAUGUCUUUUCUCCUUUUGAUUGUUUUCUGCAAAACGCAAGGAAGGGGGAAGGCCAAUUUAUUUUACAGGAAGAAAAGAAACACCCUAGCCGAAUACGUAGAGUCCAAUAAAGCCGCGCACGGUAAGGCGUAUGAUGUGUACAUAUACUCCAGGAUUUUGAAGAGUGCCGAUUUGUUCAGUGACAUUUUGGAAGAGUACAAUCUCAAGAUGGGCGAGGAAGGCACAGGAGAUAGAGACGGCCUAGCAAAUAGGGCCGGCGCUGCAGAUGGAGUAACCAUAUCGUACGUCCACUUUGCGGUUAUCCUUUUGGCGCUAAUUAUAUACCCAAUGGAGGGGAGUCAAACCAAGCGCCAAAGUCAAACAGGAAAAGGCAAUGGGAGGUCCCGUUUCGAGAAUGAUGGGGCUGACGCUUUAGGAGAAAAUCCCCCCAUUGAACACCUCCUAACAAAUAUUAACAGGGAUAGGGUGGAGGACGAAAAAAUGGUUCAUAAGUUUGCUCAUUUGAAAGGGGAGAAUCCCCUGAUCGACAAGGAAGAAAGAAUUCCUCUAAUGGAUUUCCUAAUCGAAUUGGUGGAGUAUAUAUUUUAUAAGUACUUCCAUUCGGUCAAUGCUAAUUUGCCCCUUGGUGACGAUGACUGGGGUUGCUGCGACAUCUCUAGCAGCGCCACGUAUACCAGUGCGAGUCGCAUGGAAGAAUGCAUACAGAAUGUCGAGCGGGCAUUCCGUGUUAAGCGGUUCCAAGUGGGAGAGGUGGUGAAAGAAGGCGACAUGGUCAAAGCAAACAGGUACAACCUGGCAGGCACGCAAAGCAACAGCAGAGCUGAUGUGCAGAGCGACCUCGGGAUCUUUUCCAAAAAGAAGCAACUAAAAAAAGCGGUCAUCUUGUUGAACAUUUAUAAUAUAUUUCUGGAAAAUAGCAAAAAAUAUAGCCAGAGUUUCUUUUACCUCUCCUUCAAAAUUUUAAACACCCUUUUGUACGGCAUUAUGCGUGAGGGGGGGAAGUCACAGAGGGGAAGAGGCAUCAACGGUGAAAGGAAUAACACCGAUGAGAAGAUUCUCAUGGAAGAGAAGGAUCACUAUUACAAACUCUCUUUUGACACGUUCAAAAAUGUAAUCCUUUUUUUGAAGACCCAUUUGGACAAACAGUUUAACGCCUACAUAUUGAUCAAUCACAUAGUGCGCCCUUGUCUGCUGUUUUUAUUUAUCAACUUUUUAAGUUAUAUGAAGAAAUGCGGCGUGGAAGUGAACUUUGCCAAAAUUGUGGACGAUUUUGGAGGUGUCAGAGUCAGGGAAGAUUACCUGGUUGCUGCCGACAGUCCCUUCGUGAAGUAUCAGAGAAAGGAGGAAAAGUACUUCCUCUUUUUGUUGUACACAUAUAAGUUAAUGGAGCAUUCCAGUGCAUAUGAGAUCACGCCUAUAGUUUCCCACAAUUUUCAACACAGUGGCAUUCAGAUGUUUACGCCGAAAUAUGCCAACAACAGAAACCCGAAGGACUUUCUCAUCAUGCAGAGCGGCCAGGCGAAGUUUGCGGAGAUGAGGGCCGCGCGUAGGAAGAUGAAGCAACAGAAGAAGCUGGACUACAACGAGCUGAGGAAGGAAAACAACUACCUUCUAGCCCUUAAAGCCAAGGAGGAACAGGAGAGGAUGCGCCGAAAUCAGGAAAAAUACAAGAAAGUAAAACUCAUGGCAAAGAACGACGUCGAGGAGUACAACAAGAUGAAGACGUACACCCACUGA